AUGUUUAAACGAUUAAGUAGAAAUGUUGCCAAAUUCAAUAAUAUCGACAAAACUUAUGAAACCUUACUGAAGACGUCUGAUGUGGUAAAGAUCCAAACAUUGAUAACCAGAUUACAGGAACAACCAGAAAUUAAGGUUAUACUAACGAAAUUCUUGAAAGAUUUAAAUGCUAUAGGUAUAAAUCAAGAUGUAUCACAAAGGUUCGAUAAUAGAUAUAAAUAUUAUACGAGGAUGUUGAAAUUCCGUCAAUUACACCAUGUCUUUUGGGAAUUAUGUAAAGUCAACGACAUAAGUCAACAUGAUCAUAAACUCCGGAUAAAUUAUGAAAAUAUAGGAUUACUUGAUCCUAAGAAUUUCCCACCAGAAGAAUAUAAAAAGAUAAUAGAAGAAUAA